AUGGUGUCACACACAGUGGAAGCUUUGGCGGCAUUGGAGGAUGAUAACGAUAGAAGGGCCAGUUUACUCAUUCAAAAGUUGAAGGAUAUAGCUAGUUGUCUAAAUACAAGCACCUCAUCUCUUUUAAAACCCCACUGCAAAUCUUUAUCCGAGUUACUUGUCAGAGCACUUCUUUAUGACACUGGCUUUGCUGGCCAAAUUGCUGGUUUGUUUGAUUGUGAUACAACAAGCUUCCUGCGAGCCUACUUUGAAUAUACACUACCUUAUGCUGUCCUUUAUGCUCCAAAUGAAAACCCUUUGGCGAUCAUAUCAAAAGAACUUUCUGUAUCUAUGGCAGAACUUUGCCUACAAGGUGGAUUACAUAUUACCAUAGCCUUGUUAAUGGAGCAGAACUCCAAACUGAAAGAACAAGGAAUCAAGCGCUUGACGCGAGUGUCCAAGUCCAAAGCGAUUUUUAAAACGCUAAUCUCCAAUAAUUUGACUCAAAUAACUACAGAUUUAGCUUUAUCACUAGGAUGUUUAGAAAAGAAAUCACAGGCCAUUGAAGCUCUACAUCAGUUAAAAAACAUGGUUGAUGGCACUAUAGAUUUAUCAAAGUAUCUUUCAAUAUACGUUAUAGCUAUACUAGAAAAGAUUGCAAGAUUUACCAAUGCCAAAAAGAUAAAGCGACCAGAUCCUGAGCCUCCUUAUGCAUUGUCAUCACUUGAAGAAAUCAUGAAAUUAUUAGGGUCAAAUGUUCAAAACCAUGCCACUUAUCUUGUCAAGGUGUUCUAUUCUGUCAGCGAGAUAAACAAUAUGGAAAUGGAAGCACUCAGUCUGUGGAAUUGCUUCAUCUUUGCCCUAAGUGAUGAAGGAUUAAAGCUACAUUUGAGCACAAUUAUCCGCGGGCUUACAGACAUGAUCUGUCAUUCGAACCAGUCAGUUCGUAUUUUAGUAGCAGAUACAAUUAAAAAGCUUUUGAUAGAUCGAUAUGAACUUACAAAGGAUUUAUAUGGCCAAAUUCCUCCACUCCCUCAAUUCGAUGAGCUACAAGACGUUAGAGAAUUUAUCGAAAGCAGCAGGGAGAUGCAGCUGAUAAGGGAGUUCAAUAGAGCAUUUGCAUCCAUACAGAAACCAAGUGAUGUUGAAAUCCUCUUGGGUAUUCAAAAAAUGUCCAAGUUACUUGAACGAAAGGAACUACUGGCUGUGCGUACGGGACAUCUCUAUUCACAGCUAUUGAUGUUAGCUCACAAAUACAUCAAUCAUCCAGAAAUAUCAUAUGCUGUCGGUGUAUGUCUUGGUAAGUUGAAUGCUAUUGAUCCAAGUAGAAUUCAAGUCAAGGUUCGCAACGACAAGACAUAUGUUAUAAAUAAUUUUAAAACCAAUGAAGAGAAUUUAAAAUUCAUAUGUGAUAUUGUCAUCAACUGUCUGAUACCUGCUUAUCACGCUGUGAACAAUGAAUUUAUGCACCAGUUAAUAUCAUACUCGAUACAAGUCUUACUCAAACAUGCUGGAUUUAGAACAGUCGAGACCAUGGAAAGCAGCAAAGAAUACGAGAAAGUGUUUAAUACAUGGCAGAGAUUUCCUCAUUCCAUUCAAGAAUUUUUAACGCCUCUCUUACGGUCGUCUUAUGUCGUUGUACUUCCUGAAUAUAUAUUCAAUUACCCGAUAUAUACCAAGGCAGAUAGUGUCUCAACCUGGGUUGUGCAAUGGUACUGCUUAUUAGAAAAGAUUACAGAUGAUGAGGCUCGACCUAUCUUCUCAGCAUGCCUACCAGUUGUUUACUAUGGUAAUCUGGAUGUCGCUCUGUAUCUACUACCACAUUUGAUUCUCCAUGUUAUUUUAUCCGCAUCAGCCAGCGAUAUUCAAAACAUUGUAAAUGAAAUCCUUCUUGUACUCAACACAAACUCGAAGCUAGACAAGGCUGAUCAAAAGAACCAAGCAUCGCUCCAAGCUGUUGUUGCUAUUACGGAACACUGCCGACAGUGGUUGUAUCGCGCUGGGUCUAGAGAUACGACCAUGGUUGGUCGCUUUUUGGAAGCUAUUCCUGACAAACUAAUGGCCAAAGCUUCGUUCUAUGCUAAAGCGUAUCCUCAGGCACUUAUGCAUUUUGAAAAUUAUAUCAAAACAAGUUCCUCAAAUUUAUUGGAAGACGAAGAGACGAUGAGGUUUUUGCGACACAUUUAUGUCAAAACAGAAAAUAUGCAAGAUCUUCAAGCAUUACUCAGCAUGUAUUCCAUCAGAUUUAGUAAUGAUGAAGAAAUUAUCCGGUUUGAGAAUAUGGGAAAAUGGAAAGAAGCAGAGAUUUAUCAUAUGGAUAAUGUUGCAAAGAAUCCACAUGAUCUAUCUGCUUGUAUGAGCUUCCUGGAAUGCCUUAAAAAGUCUGGAAGCUACGCAUCUAUUUUAUAUUUUUCUGACAAGUAUGUUGAUGCAAAUCCUCACUGGUCGACUCAUAUGAAUGCUUUUAAGAUGGAUGCAGCUUGGAGAAUGGGCGAUUGGAAUGCACUUGACGAGGCUUCCAAACAUCAGACUAUAGAGACAACAGAGUCGUUUAUUGCACGUGCUUUAGGUAGCAUGAAAAAGAACAGAAACCUUGAAGCGGCGAGCUACAUUGAGCAUGCAAGACGAGAUCUGAUUAGCAGCUUGGGGGCAAAGACGAUUGAGUCCUAUCAGAAAUCAUAUCAGACAAUUUUCAAGCUACAGCAGCUUCAGGAAUUAGAAGACGCACAGAAAGCUUGGGAGGCAAAAGAUCCUAUUGAGAAGGUCUCGGAACUCGAGAACAAGUGGAAUAGAACCCUUAAGCUUCUUAUGCCACAAUAUCAACAUAUUCAUGAUUUACUUGAACUUCGACGAACGGCCCUGUACGAUAUCAGACCACGUCAGCAGUCAGUAUCUUGUGGUGGCAUUUGGCUAGAUAUUGCCAAGUACAGCAGAAAAAAUGGACACUUGAUUGUAGCACUUGAUGCAAUUGUCAAUGCGGAAAGAGCUGGUAAUGAAAUAACGCAUAGAGAAAAGGCAAAAUGGCUCUGGCAAACAGGAAGAAGACAGGACGCUGUGACUAUGUUGACAAAUCUAGAAGAAGGUGCUGCUGCGAACGAUGCAAUCAUCCUUAAUUCAUUUUAUCUGAAGGACUCCUCUAUUUACAGUGGUGAAAAGGCCAGAUUUUAUAUGACUCAUGCCAGAAAAGGCCCAGAAAAACAAGAAAAGGCAAAUGUGCAAUAUGCCGUGUAUUUGUGUAAGCAAUGCGCUGGAAGACCUCCAUCGAUAUGCAUAAGAGUUUAUGAAAUUAUCAUAAAAACAGUAUUGAAGGCGCUCUCUUGUGGAUCAAAAUAUUAUUAUACCUCCAUGUCGAAAUUCAUUAAUUACUGGGUUAAGAUGGUAUCACUUGCUGACGAGAACAAGAAAUCAUCUGAGGGCCAAGGCUAUGCAGAGACACUAACAAGAACCAAUGAACUAAUAAGAACCGCUCUUACGAAGGUCCCUACAUACCAGUUUGGUAAAUUUUUAACCCGUCUGAUAUCGCAUCUAACUGUGGGGAAUACUGAUAUGGCAAAUACUCUAUCUUGUAUUAUUGAAGCUGUGUUUUCUACUUACCCAAGAAACACUAUUUGGCUUUUAUUAAAUACUCUUGAUGGUCGAACUCCUUUACUUACUGAUAGAAUCAAUACUAUACUUGGCCGUGUCAAGGCAAAUAAACAGAAUACAGUGAUACCUCUCGUGAUAGAACAAGCAACAUACUUUAGAAAUUUCUUGCACAGAAUAUCCAAAUAUCCAGUAGGAGACAGAGCACAGUCAACGCUAAAUUUGAAGGAUAUACCUAAAUUGAAGCAAGUGCUAAACUUUGAUGGCUUUGUAUUAACCGUCCCAAGAGAAAGCAGCCUAUUUCCACGUUUACCAGAAUUAAUCAAAAAAGGUGAAACCUUUGAUCCUUUCCCUGGUGAAAUAGUAACGAUUACGAAGGUAAUGCCUGAAGUAGAUGUCAUGAGAUCAUUACAGCAACCCAAAAGAAUCACUUUUGUCGGAAGCGAUGGAAGGAACUACAAGUUCUUGUGUAAGGCCAAUGAUGAUCUUCGAAAGGAUGCACGUAUGAUGGAGUUUAACUACAUGAUUAAUUCCUUUUUGAAGAAAAAUCCUGAUUCAAGAGACAGAAAUCUAUAUAUAAGAACGUAUGCUGUAAUUCCACUGGGUGAUGAAUGGGGCCUGAUUGAAUGGAUUGAUAACCUGUUCCCUUUGAAAGCCAUUGCUACUGAUAUCUAUAAUAAUUUGGGUAUAAAGGCAAAUCAAGUACAAAUAGAAUAUAGAAACAAAAGGCAGUUACCAGGCUUAACAGACGAAGAGCUUUUAGAAUUAUUCAAGAGAGUACUAGCGCAAUCUCCACCUGUUUUACAUAAAUGGUUUUUGAAGUCCUUUCCUGAACCUAAUCAAUGGUUAGCUAGUCGAACAAGAUAUGUAAAGACACUGGCUGUUAUGUCUAUUGUAGGACAUAUGCUUGGACUUGGCGAUCGACAUGCUGAAAAUAUUCUUUUCGAUCGUACAAAUGGAGAUACAGUUCAUGUUGAUUUGAAUAUGUUAUUCGAUCAAGGCUUACGACUGAAUGUACCUGAAGUAGUACCGUUUAGACUUACUCACAACCUAGUAGAUGCUAUGGGAAUCGUAGGCUAUGAAGGACAGUUUCGCAAGACUUGUGAAAUAGUUUUACAAAUCCUACUCAAUAAUCGCCAAGCACUGACAGGCGUGUUUCAAACGUUGUUUAACGAAUGGUCACAGUCUGAUGCGAGGGAUCGAGCAUCUAGAACGAUGGGUGUGUUGAAGAAAAAAUAUGCUACGGCAGAAGAGUCAGGGGUUGAAGCUGAAGUAGACAAGCUGAUCAAAGCUGCCACAGAUAUAGGCAAUUUAUCAAAAAUGUUUCCAGGUAUUUAA